AUGGAGUUUAUGAUCUUCACUUGUGAUUUAACAGUAGUCCAUUUACGAUCAAAACCUGGAGCGUCGAUUUUCACUCGUGCGAGAGCUAUUUGGAUGAGCAGAGAUAUCACUACUAAAGAUAAUUCUCAUAUUUCAAAAAUAUGGAAAUAUCAUAUUAUGGAGAUUUUCCAUUGCUGGAUACUACUCUUGGCGGUCUUUUUUCUUCCUCUUUCUUUAAUCCUUUUCCUUUGGCGGCUAAUUUUCUAUCGGAAAUUGGCAAAAGCCCCCGAUGACUUGUCAACGGUGGCCUCGUCCAGUUCCGUCGAAUCUCAUCGUCUUUACAUCAAUCGUCUUCACAUUAUUCCUUCUGAAAACACUUUUGAUUGUGUGAAAACACUUUUGGUUGUCCUUUAUGCUAAGAUCGGUAAAAAUGUGAUCAUCGUGAACAAAGGCGCAAGCUUUUUCUUACAUUUCUUCUCCCUCUGUUCUCUGACAGAUGUUCAAGAAGCAUAUAGACCAGAGGAAGGAUUCUACACUCGAUCUGAGAUCACUGUGAUAAUCGAGAAGGCGUCAAUUCGAGACGGUACUGUCAUAUGA